AUGAGUAGAAUUAAUUAUUUGAUAAUUUUUAAGAGGUAUUUUAGUGGAAACUUGCGGCAUGAAAUUAAAAGGCCAACGUUAGUGCCAGCUGCAAGCGAAAUGCCAUUAUAUAGAAAUGCCUUUGAUAGAGCAGAUAACCCAAAACUGUGGUCUUUAGAUAAUACAAAAUAUAAAAAAUCCGGGCCCGUAACAGAACUUAGUGAUUUGGUAACGCCUCACGGACAUGGACAUUUGUUUGGAAACAACGGUGUAACUCGAUAUGCACAUUAUGUGAAAGUAUGGGAACCCGUUUUUCCAAGAACACCAGACCUAUCAAAGGGUGAACUUAUUUCAGGAGCUAAUUUUACUAGGACAAGUGGAUGGUACUCUCCUCACGAACCAACAAUAGUUUCAGUUGGAAAACUGGCCCCGGGUAAUCAGAGGCCAAUCGGUUAUGCCGAGAACUGUGUAGUUCCAGAAUCAACAUUUCCAGAAACAUUCCCUGAUUUCAGAGAGUAUAGACUUCCACGUGGAACUAAUAGAAAGGCAACCAUUUAUCUCAUGACCGCAACUGCCUUUUUCUUUCUUUUCGCCUUUUUGAGAUCAUCAGUUUGUAAAUUUGUUCACUUCUUUUGGCUUAGCAAGGAUGUCGCAGCCGCAGGCACAGUUGAAGUCAAUGUCAGCCAAAUGUUACCUGGGGAUCAAAUUACCGUCAAAUGGAGAAAUAAACCAGUCUUCAUCAGAAGAAGAACAGCUGAAGAAAUCGCUAGAGCAAAGAAAGAUGAUGAAUUAUAUGAUAAAAUGAGAGAUCCACAAUUAGAUAGUGAAAGGAAUGUGAAUCCGGAAUGGUUGGUAAAUAUAGGAGUGUGUACACAUUUGGGAUGUAUUCCUGGAAGAGGAGGAAAUUAUGGAGGAUUUUUUUGUCCAUGCCAUGGAUCUCACUAUGAUUCGUCAGGUAUUACUAACUUUUUAAUGAUAAUUUUAAUUUUAGGUAGAAUUAGGCUAGGACCAGCACCAGCAAACCUUGAAGUUCCUCCAUAUAAAUUUAUAGACGAAAAUACCAUUAAACUUGGAUAA